AUGACUAAAGUCAUACAAGUAAUUUAUUUUGUCCAUAGAGAUACAACAGACAUCAUGGAAGAAGUCAAUGCUUCCACAGUGACACAGUUUCUCUUCCUUGGAUUUUCUGAUCUUCCCAACCUCCAGGACUUUCUGUUUGGGAUGAUCUUCACAAUGUACUUAAUUAUCCUAAUUGGAAAUAGCUUCAUAAUUAUGAUAAUCAGGAUUGAUCUUGCACUACAGAAACCCAUGUAUUUCCUAGCAAAUUUUUCUUUUCUGGAAAUCUGUUAUGUAUUAGUUACUGUCCCUAGGAUUCUGUAUAGCAUUUGGACCCAGGAUAGAAGCAUUUCUCUUCUGACCUGUGCUACACAAAUGUGUUUUUUCCUAAUGUUGGCAGCUACUGAAAGUAUUCUCCUGACUGUGAUGUCCUAUGACCGCUAUGUGGCCAUCUGUAAUCCUCUGCAUUAUCAACUUGUCAUGAACUCAACAAAGUGCAUACAGCUUGCAGUGGGCUCCUGUACUGGUGGAAUGCCAUUUCAGCUAGGGCAAACCUGUCAGAUAUUCUCUCUACUUUUCUGUAACUCUAACCAGAUAGACCACUUCCUUUGUGACAUACCCCCUAUACUUAAGCUGGCUUGUGGAGAUACUUCUAUUAAUGAGUUGUAUGUCUAUGUAUUGGCUAUUUUGCUUGCUGCAAUCCCUUUCAUAUUAAUACUAACAUCAUACAGCAAAAUCAUUGCCACCAUCCUGAGGUUGCCAAUUGCUAAAGGACAAGCAAAAGCCUUCUCCACAUGUUCUUCCCAUCUUGUGGUGGUUUUGUUUUUUGGUUCUGCAUCUAUUACCUACUUAAUGCCAAAGUUUAUAUGUAACUUUAAGCAAUCAAAAUAA